UGGAUGAAGAAUGUGUAUGCUCCAUGCCAAGACAAGGUUGUCAAAGAGGAAGGCCUUUCAGAGGACCAAAAGUCCAUCCUUUAUUUUGAUUGCUACCCAGUUCAUUUUGGCAAGAAGUUCCAUACCUAUAUCUGUACCCAGCAUCCCAACGUAUUUCUGGUCUAUGUGCCUGCU